AUUAAACUCGCUAUGAUGUUAGAGAUGACAAAGCAAUGUGAGUACUUGAUAACACUGAAUUGCUAUUUCGCUUACAUUCAAACAAAUAAAAUAUAUAAACUGUAUGAAUUAUAUACUAAAACAAAUUUUAUAGUGUAGGAUUACUACAAACAUGACAUGAUCAUCCAUCCUUAAUUUGAAACCAAAAUGAGGAGCUUAUUUUUUAUUCUUAUAAUUUUAAUGCUGUCUUGCAUAGUUGCAGCAAAGGGACCAUGGCGUAGAUGCAUCUACCGUGGAAAAUUUUACAAACCUGGACAGAUGCUGAAAGAGAAAUGUAAAACCUGUAAAUGUAAAUACAAUGGACGAGUGUUUUGUAAAAGAAAGUGGUGCCCAUUGCCUAGAUGCUUACCGAAUGAGACAGUUGUAAAACGACAUGAAAUGUGCUGUAAGGCAUGCAUGAAGGGAUGCACAGAGUCAGAUGGCACAUUUCAUCCAGUGAACACAACAUAUAGUUCCAGCACUAAGUGUUUCACAAGUUGCAAAUGUGAGCCUACUAGCACAGGUGGGGUCGUCGAAGUGUGUCGCCCCAUACAAUUCAUACAAGAUCCUUGCUGGAACUCACCAAAGGAAUGCCCCGAAGGUAGAACAAAGUUUGUUCCUCUUGGGGCAUGCUGCCCAGCCUGUUCAGAGACAAUAAGGGAUUGUGCGAACAAGUCAUGUCCUACACUCAAUUGUCCUGGUGGUUACUUUAGAGCGCCAGAUACAUGCUGCUCAAGGUGUAGCCAGGUUCCUGGAAAAUGUGAAAAGGGAAAAAAGCCAGUUCGUCUCCGAGGAAAAUGUUGCCCUGUUUGUCGAAAUUUUAAAGGCUGUUGGAAAGUUCAUUGCCCGAGGCCACCAGCUAUUUGCCAGGACGGAAGCUUCCCCACCAAACAACCCGGUCAAUGUUGUUAUGAAUGUCCAUCGUCAGCAUUAGAAGUAUGUGUCCACAAUGGCCAAAUACACAAUGUUAGUGAAACAUACAACGACGAUUGUGAUCAAUGCACGUGUAUUGUAAACGAAACAGUGGUGUGCACAAAUUGUCAAGAUUGUCAUCGGAAAUUGUGUCCUGAAGUCGAAUGCAAAGAUGGAAGGAAGCCAGUUAUAGAACUGGGCGAUUGCUGUCCACGGUGCCCAAAACCUAUGUGUCUUUACAAUGGGAAACUGUACAAUGUGAGUGAAAUAUUCAGAGAUGGCUGUAAUGUAUGUGCAUGUAUGGCCGAUCUAACAGUGGUGUGUGCAAAACGAAAUUGCCAAGACUGUAGUUCAGUGCUGUGUCCGAUACCACCUGCCAAAUGUCCUGAUGAAAGUGUUCCGUUCAAGUCACCUGGCCAAUGUUGUUACGAGUGUCCAGAGCAAAGCUCUGGAUGUGUCUAUAAUGGAACAGCAUACAAUGCCAGUGAUACGUUCAAGAAUGAUUGUAAUACAUGCACUUGCUUGGUAAAUGGGUCAGUAACAUGCACUCGAAUGAAAUGUAAAGGCAGAUGCCCAAGUGUUCCACGUGGAAUAUCAGGUAUAUGUGUUGAAGAAUGUUCUGAAGAUGAUGACUGUCCUGGGGAACAGAAGUGUUGCUCUAAUGGUUGCGGUCACGUCUGUAGGGAUCCAGUUACAGGACCCGAUUGUUCCAGUGUCGUUUGUGUCAAACCUGAUUGUCUUCCAGGAAACCCUACGUAUACACCCGCGGGAAAAUGUUGUCCUUUAUGCAAAAGAGGCUGUUCUAAAAAUGGUGUAUUUUACGAUCCUAAUGAUAAGAUGCCAAGUAGUGGUCCCUGUGAACACUGUACAUGUGCAGAUAAAGGAAAUGGGACUUAUUCCGAGCAAUGCUUUAUCCAAGGUUGUCCAAAUCCAGGUCCGUGUUAUGAACGACCAGAGGGAGUUUGCUGUGCAAGGCCUGUUCCAUGUUGGUGUAUAUACAAAGGCAAAACAUAUGAAGCUGGAGAAACAUUCAAAGAUGAUUGUAAUGAAUGCACUUGUUCAGAAAUUCGAUCAGUGCUAUGCACAAAGAAGAAUUGUACAGUCAGAUGCCCAAGUUUUCCACGUGGAAUAUCAGGUAUAUGUGUUGAAGAAUGUUCUGAAGAUGAUGACUGUCCUGAGGAACAGAUGUGUUGUUUUAAUGGUUGCGGUCACGUCUGCAUGGAUCCCGUUACAGGACCUGAUUGUUCCAGUGUCGUUUGUGUCAAACCUGAUUGUCUUCCAGGAAUUCCUACGUAUACACCCGCGGGAAAAUGUUGUCCUAUUUGUAAAAUGGGGUGUUCUAAAGAUGGUGUAUUUUACGAUCCUAAUGAUAAGAUGCCAAGUAGUGGUCCCUGUGAACACUGUACAUGUGCUAAUAAGGGAAAUGGGACUUAUUCUGAGCAAUGCUUUAUCCAAGAUUGUCCAAAUCCAGGUCCGUGUUAUGAACGACCGGAAGGAGUUUGCUGUGCAACGCCUGUUCCAUGUACGUGCAUCCACGAUGGCAAAACUUACAAUGUCGGUGAUACAUUCAAAGACGAUUGUAAUAAUUGUAUUUGCCCAAAGGUACCACCUGGAACAUCGGGUAUGUGUGUACAGAUGUGUUCCGCGGAUGACGAAUGUCCUGAAAAACAGAAAUGUUGCUCCAAUGGCUGUGGUCAUGUUUGCAGGGAUCCAGUUUCAAGACCUGAUAUUGGUGGACAACCAUCAUAAGAUAAUAAGCCUUGUGCAGAGGAGGUAAAACUGGACAGAUCAACACAAAUAUUCAAUUGAUAAUUGAUAUAUAUCUAUGUAUCAUAAGGAAAAGCUAGCAUUCACGAGC